AUGGUAUCUUUAAAGCAAGAAUUCGAGUUUUACGAUUAUUUUGGACCGGUAGCUGUAAUAUCACUAUUCGCUAUCACUAUACUGCUAAUUUCAUUCUUCAUCCUCAAUUUCUUCUUUAUUUCCAAACACGAUGAACCAACCGUCUUCGAACGAAUUGCCUCAAAACACAAUCUAAGGCUUGGACCGCACAGUGUAAAAACCGUAAUAAGUCGUAAGCAACGAUAUAUGAAGGAUAAUAAUAGCGGUGAUCCGGAUGGAUCAGUUCAUGAGUCUCGAAAGGUUGUAUUCACAAAAGAACCGGAACCGGAAGUGCACAUCAAUUCUGCUUAA